AUGCCACCAAAAAUUCAUUUAGUGAGGCAUGCGCAGGGAUACCAUAAUCUCGGUAUCGAACACAUGAACAUUCAUGAUCCUCUUUUGACGGAUUAUGGAAAGAAGCAAUGCCACGAGCUACGCCGGAAUUUUCCGAAUCUCUCUGGCAUUGAGUUGUUAGUGGCAUCUCCUAUGCGCCGCGCAAUCUAUACUGCUUUGGAAGCGUUCUUGCCGGACUAUGAGAAGCCGGACGGGCGUAAAUUAAUCGCGCUUCCUGAGUUGCAAGAACUCAGUGACAUGCCGUGUGAUGUUGGUAGCAGCCUGGCAGAUCUAAAAGCAGAGAUGGAAGCACAAGGUGCUCCUGUAGAUUUGAGCGGUCUUGAUGAGAAUUGGACCGAAAAGACUGGACGACUCGGAAUCACUAUAGAGAGAAUUUUCGAACGAGCUCAAUAUGUCAGGCAGUGGUUGAUGGCCAGACCAGAGAAAGAGAUUGUCGUGGUAUCCCAUGGCGGAUUUCUUCAUUUCCUGACAGAGGACUGGGAGGAAGGAUGCAAAGGCGAAGGUACAAUUCACAAGCCCGUGAACCAGAAUUCAGCCCAAAAACUCGAUCUCGUAGGAUCAUUUCAAUCUAACCAAUAUGUGACAGGGACGGGCUGGGUCAAUACGGAGUUCCGUACGUACGAAUUCGGAUCCAUGGCAAAUGGCCAUGCCCAGAAAUGCCAUGAAGGAACCAAUGAUAUUAGUCUCAAAGAAACAGUCGAGUCACGCCGUCGACGCGACAAACCGGAUCCGUCACCUACUCGUGAGCAGCAGAAGGAGCUAUGCGAACAGGUGCUAGAUGGUUGGGCUAAGCAGGGAUAUCCGAUCCCCUCGGAAAACGAUCAUUAG